AUGGCAGCUGCUGAGCGUCAGUUCAGUCAGACCCAGAGUCCUGUGCAAGUACACGGGUCACACAGCACAGAGCCGGGCCUGCCGCUUGCAGGGUGCCCUCUGUCAAUAGCACUCUUGUUACCACCGGGAGCUUUGGGGGCUCAGCUGGGUGCCGGGUGGGCUGGAUUCCUGGACGCCAGGGAGGAGAGUGGAGUCCGGCCCCCUCGCCCUCUGCCUGUGGUCCUGAGGAGUGUCCAUUUUCUUGAGGGCUGUCACUGGCACGAGGGCCUGCUCUCAGCUGUACGUGACAAAUCUGUGGUCCCUGGGGAACAAAUCCUCGCAUCUACUCAGCAGCCCUCAAGCAGUGACUGGCUGCUGCUGGAGUCCGAGACAACCAGGGGCUUUCAGUUACUAUUUGAGGCGAAGCAGGGACUGUCAUGGUGUGCCCCCGCCCCGGGCACUGGCUGGUGGAGGGAAUUACCUGGCAUUAAAACAAAAACAUAUUCGGACCCACAAUCACAGGAUGAAUUUGUGGGCUGGCCAGACCCCAGGGCUUCUGAAUCCCCCACUUUGGGGCCACCUAGGGCAAGCCCUAACCCCAAUCACCCCCUUCUCUGCUUUUCCCUCCUUCAGGUCUCAGCCUCCCCAGAUUCCAGCUCUCCUAGGGAAGAGGAGGGGACCCCCCUGCUCCCCAGAGCCCUCCCCCAGGCAGGGUCACGCCGACAUAGGCGCCGGGCUCUUGGUGAGCCAGCAGCCCUGAGCCUGGACAAAGCGGUCAUGCCGAGGACCUUGGACGGCACUCCCAUGCUGCUGGAGCUGCAGAAGCUGCCAGGAUUGGCCAGCACAGACUUGAGUGCCCCGAACCCCAAUAUCCAGGUGACCAUCGAGGUGGUGAAGGAUCCCCAGGCCGAGGUGGAGAUGGACCUAUUGACUGAGCCCAGCAGUCACUGGCCCCAGGGUGCCUCAAGCUGGCUGCCUGCCAAGGAGCUCUUCUGGCCCCUAUUCUGGAGCUACCUGGAGGGCGAGGAGGGGAGGACCAAUCUCAAGGGCAGAGCCCCAGGGGAAGAAGUGGAGGAGGAGGAUUACCCUGCAGAGUAUCGGGAGAGCGAGGACCAGGAGGACAAUGAGGAGGAAGAGGGCGAGGAGGAGGAGCCUGGGUUCAGUGGGGCCACAGGCAGCUGGGAGCAGGGCUGGCUGGCCCCUGGGGACUGGGCCUUCAAGGAGCCGGAUGGCUACGACUAUGAGCUUCAAGAGGAGUGGAGCCCAUGGUCUCCCUGCAGUGGGAGCUGCGGCAGCGGCAGCCAGAGGAGGACUCGGCCCUGCGGCUACGCCUGCACUGCCACCGAGUCCCGUGCCUGCGACCUGCCCCCUUGUCCUGGCACCGAAAACAAGGACCCCUCGGGCUUCCCCGGUGAGGGGUGGCAGCCCCUGGCCCACAAUGCUACGGACAUGCUCAGCCCAGAUGUGGACAGCUGUGAAAAGUGGCUGAACUGCAAGAGUGACUUCCUGGCCAAGUACCUGAGCCAGGUGCUGCAGGACCUGCCCAGCUGCCCAUGCGCAUACCCGCUGGAGGCCGUGUACAGCGCUGUGAGCCUGCAGGAUGAGCACCGGGGCCGUAGCUUCCGCUGGAGGGACGCCAGCGGGCCUCGGGAGCGCCUGGACGUGUACCAGCCCACGGCGCGCUUCUGCCUGCGCUCGCUGCUGUCCUUGGAGAGCAGCACCCUGGCCGCCCAGCACUGCUGCUACGAUGCGGGCAGCCGGCUGCUGACCCGGGGCAAGGGCGCCGGCGCACCGGACCUCGUCAGCACCGACUUCUCGCCGGAGCUGCACUUCAAGGUGGACACGCUGCCCUGGAUCCUCUGUAAGGGGGACUGGAGCCGCUACCACGCCGUGCGGCCUCCCAACAAUGGCCGAGCCUGUGCUGACAACCCUCCGGAAGAGGAGUACCUGGCCCAGUUGCAGGAGGCCAAGCAGUACUAACGGGGAAGCUUCUGGAGAAGCUUCCCCUGCAGACCCCCCUCACCCUGCCUCUGCCCAGACCCCCUAAGCCAGCUGGCCUGCUGCUGCAGGCCCUCUGCCUGUGAAUCCAAGGCAGGUCAGCACCCUGGGUGUGGGUGUGGGGUUAGGGACAAGGUGGAGGGGUGUACAGGGCCUAAGCUGAGUGAGGGAGCUCAGCCCCCAAGGUCUCUGGGUGUAUGGGGGGAGGGGUAAGGAAAUGUGUGCCUGUGGGGGCUGCCCUCUCCUGCCCACUAGGAGAUGCUAUCCCAGCCUGGCCACUGAUUUUCCUCCCUGUCCCUCUGAGCUGGACUCUUCCACCCUGCACGGGUCAUGAUUCUCCGGGCCUGAGGUGCCACAGCUGCGUUUUGCCAGGCUGACGGCCAGCCUAGCAGGCAGCUCCUCCUUAUCUCCAGGCGGUUGCUGGAGGCCCUCUAGCCCCACCCCUGCUGGGAGCCACCAGGACUGGACUGGGACCCUAACAAGUUCUCCGCGGCUCUGAGCUGCUUUUCAGUGGACACUACUUUGGUGUAGGGUGAAGUCAACCCCUGGGGCCAAAUGCGGACAGCCAGGCUGAGGCAGCCGAGACGCGGCCAAGACAGGGCCAGCUCCUGGCUGGGAAUGGGUCAACCUGUUCAGGUCCCUUUCUUUGUCCAGCAUUUCUGCUCUGUCCAGGUUGUAGGGAUGUGUAGAACUGGAUGGCACUGCCAUGAACGGACCCAGCAGCCAGGCCUGGGAUGGGCUCAGAACAGCCCAGGAGGAUGUGCACCGUGGUGAGGUGGUAAACAGUUCUCUGCUUGGGGUUGGUGGCAGGAAGCCCAGAUUUGGGCAGUUCCUGUGGUGUUUGUGAAGACUCCCACCAUGGCCCAUACUCCCGAGGUGAGGUCAUUGAACGCACUGAGCUCAGAGCCAGGAAGAGAUGCACGUAAUCGGCUCUCCUAGCAUACCUGGUGCUUCUUCCCUGCCCUCCUCACCCUCAAAACCAUACUUCCUCCCCUUGUGUGGGGUUAAAGGGCUGAAGUCCCCCCUGUCCUGUUCACAAAAGCUCCAAAAGCUGGGAACUUCAGCCCCUAGACAGCUGCCGUGAAGCUCUUUGCGAUCCUCAGCAAUAAAGCACUUUAUUUUCAAA